UUGAUUCUUCCGUCAUUUGCUCAAUUGGAUGGGAAAAAGAAAAUACUUAAAUCCUCACGGAACGUAAGCUUGAUUUAAAAGAAAAAGGGGGCAAAAAAAAAAAAAGGGGAUCAGACGAUGAUGAACCACUUCUGAAUUUUACGGCCAUGUCCGUACACGACCAGGCGGCAGCUGCGGUGCUGUCGCAGCUCGCUUUGGCGGCUGACGGUGCGGUGCUAGGAUUAGGCCUAGCAUACGUUGCGGUGCGGAGUAUUCUCAAAUUCACCUCGAAUUCCUCUGCCCUACGCAAAAUUGAGCAGGCACCUUCAAUUCGCGUCUCCGAUCUCCGCUCCGUCCUCACUUUACCCUCAGAUAACGAUGAUAGUGCUAACGAACAAUCCGAGAGCGGAAAGCUCGUGAUCGUCCGCGGCUGCGUCGAGGCAAAAUCGGCUCUUGAUACCAACUGGAAGAGCCUUAGGCCCACACCCUCCGGUGUCCUCGUCUCUCAGGAGUCUGGCGAUAAAGGCGUUAUUUUGCAGCGAACUCAAACGUGUAUAUACAAUGAGUGGAGGGGAUUUUUUGGAUGGACUUCUGACUUACGCUCUUUAUUUGUUAGAUCAUGGAAAGAGCAAGAGUCAUCGACAGUUAGAAUGGUGCCUUUUAUUCUUGUUGAAACUGGAAGGUGGCCUCAAUCUGAUUAUGUCGUCGUGAACAUGGAAGGAUCAAGACAUCCACUACCUCUUACAACAGUUUAUCACCGCUUGCAGCCCAUCCAUGCUUCUCCUUAUACUUUUCUCCAGGCACUUUUUGGCCAUGAAUAUCCUGUUGGUCUGCUUGAUGAAGAGAAACUUCUCCCAACUGGAAAGGAAAUAACUGCAGUUGGCAUUUGCAGUUUGAAAGAUGGAAGUCCUGUAAUUAAAUCAUACAAGGAUCUUCCUUUUUUCUUGUCUGACUUGACUAAGGAUCAGAUACUGGUGGAUCUUGACUUCAAGACCAAAGUUCUAUUCUGGAGUGGGGUUGUGCUUGGUUCACUGGCAGUUGGUAUCCUUGGUUAUGCUGUAGUAAGGAACUGGAACAGAUGGAAAGAGUGGAGACAGCAGAGACGGGACCAGCAACAAAGCUCCGCUCGUAGCAAUCAGGCGAAUGAUCAGGGUGCAUCUGAUGAGGAGCAUGGAGAUGUUCCAGAUGGAGAAUUGUGUGUGAUAUGCCUAAUGAGAAGGCGGCGAUCUGCAUUUGUCCCAUGUGGACAUCUUGUCUGUUGCCAAAGCUGUGCUUUAUCAGUUGAACGUGAUUUAUCACCGAAGUGCCCUGUAUGUAGGCAGACAAUCCGGAAUUCAGUGAGGAUUUACGACUCAUGAUCAACUGAUAAUUUUAUUUCCGGAACCGCACAAAGCGAUCUGGCUUUCUUAUUUUUAGAAACUUCAUUUGUGUGAUGGUAGUACUGGAUGACCGAAUCACCUUUUCUCAAAUAGCAAUGAAGUGACUAAACUGAACCGAUUUGUAGGGUGAAUGGUCUGCCUUUACUGAUGUAAUAGGAAACAUUUUGUUCCUGGGGACAGGACCCGUUCUACUGUAAAUAUGAUUUAUUUUUGUCUA